GGCUCGUGGGGAGACGUCGCUCCGGCACUUUUCCCGGGUCUCUCUCUGGACGUAGACGGUGCCGGAGCCCACCGAGUCCGAAACCGACCAGCACCGCCACCAGCAGCCUCCACGUACCGGAUCUGCGGCACCAGCAGAGGGGAGGCGACUUUAUCCGCCCCUCCUUAAAAGUUUCCGUUCUGGAUCCGGUUGGUUUUGCUCUCCAGAACCGCAGAACCAGAGGCUGGUGUCGCUGAGUGCGGGCAGCGCUGACGGUUGGAGCGUCGGGAGAAGCCCAGUCGGAGGUUCCCCUCCCUCCCCUCCCGCUACUCGGUUCCGUCGGAGGAUUUUUUUUUUUUUCCUACCUCGGUGCUGUUGGGAAAUGGACCAGCCCCAAUAAGGACACGGCACCGCGGUUCGGACUCAGUCGCAGGACGUGAUUUGGACCGGGACUCGCCUGUUGAAGCAUGUUUGCGUCCGGCGGCGCCGUCCUCGCCCGGUUCUGAACUCGCCGCCUCCUGUGGGGGGGAAACCGCUGCAGCCCAGUCCGGCCCGCCCGACGGCACCGACCCAGAACCCUUCAGCCCAGACAGCCGGGGGAGGAGCCCCGCCGCGGACGGCGCCAGCAUGGCCAACAACGCGGCCGACCACCCGCCGGGCAACUCGGUGGCCGAGGGCGGCCAUGACGGCGGCCAUGACGGCGGCCAUGACGGCGGCCAUGACGGCGACUUCGGGGUCAGCGUGGAGGAGCUGCGGGGUCUGAUGGAGCUGCGCAGCGCCGAGGCCGUCAACAAGAUCCGGGACUGUCAUGGAGACGUGCAGACGCUCUGCCGCCGCCUCAAAACAUCCCCCAUCGAAGGUCUGUCCGGAAACCCCACCGAUUUGGAGAAGCGCCACGCUGCGUUUGGGAAAAACCUGAUUCCCCCAAAGAAGCCCAAGACCUUCCUACAGCUGGUGUGGGAGGCGCUGCAAGACGUCACACUAAUUAUUUUAGAAAUCGCUGCCAUCAUCUCCCUCGGCCUGUCCUUCUACCAUCCACCAGGGGGCAACGCUGAAGCAUGCGGCGAGGCUGCAGGCGGCGCGGAGGACGAGGGGGAAGCCCAGGCCGGCUGGAUCGAGGGCGCCGCCAUCCUGUUCUCGGUCAUCAUCGUGGUUCUGGUGACGGCGUUCAACGACUGGUCCAAAGAGAAGCAGUUCCGCGGGCUUCAGAACCGCAUCGAGCAGGAACAGAAGUUCACGGUGAUCCGUAAGGGUCAGGUCAUCCAGAUCCCCGUGGCCGAGAUCGUGGUCGGAGACAUCGCUCAGAUCAAAUACGGAGACCUGCUGCCGGCUGACGGCAUCCUCAUCCAGGGCAACGACCUGAAGCUGGACGAGAGCUCUCUGACCGGAGAGUCCGAUCAGGUCCGCAAAUCCCUGGACAAGGACCCCAUGCUGCUGUCCGGGACCCACGUGAUGGAAGGUUCUGGCAGGAUGGUGGUGUCUGCCGUCGGCGUCAACUCCCAGACGGGCAUCAUCUUCACGCUGCUGGGCUCCUGCGAGCACGACGACGAAAAGAAAGCCAAAAAAGGUAAAAAACAAGGACCCCCUGAAAAUCGCAACAAAGCCAAGACCCAGGACGGCGUGGCGCUGGAGAUCCAGCCGCUGAAGAGCGAGGAGGCCACGGAGUCUGAGGAGAAGGAGGAGGUGAAGCCGGUGAAGAAGGUCAACGUCACCAAGAAGGAGAAGUCUGUUCUGCAGGGCAAACUGACCCGGCUGGCCGUGCAGAUCGGGAAGGCCGGUCUGUUCAUGUCGGCGCUCACCGUCGUCAUCCUCAUCCUCUACUUUGUGAUCAACACGUUCGCCAUCCAGAAGCGCACCUGGGUGGCCGAGUGCACGCCCAUCUACAUUCAGUACUUCGUCAAGUUCUUCAUCAUCGGCGUGACGGUGCUGGUGGUGGCCGUCCCCGAGGGGCUGCCGCUCGCCGUCACCAUCUCCCUGGCCUACUCCGUCAAGAAGAUGAUGAAGGACAACAACCUGGUGCGCCACCUGGACGCCUGCGAGACCAUGGGCAACGCCACCGCCAUCUGCUCGGACAAGACGGGAACGCUGACCAUGAACCGCAUGACGGUGGUGCAGGCGUACAUCGGCGACGCGCACCACAAGACCGUCCCGGAGCCGGACGCCAUCAACGCCGGGACGCUGGACACGCUGAUCAACAGCAUCUCCGUCAACUCGGCCUACACCACCAAGAUCCUGCCCCCGGAGAAGGAGGGCGGCCUCCCCCGCCACGUGGGCAACAAGACGGAGUGCGCCCUGCUGGGCCUGGUGCUGGAGCUGAAGAGGGACUACCAGCCAAUCAGAGACGAGAUCCCCGAGGAGAAGAUGUACAAGGUUUACACGUUCAACUCCUCCCGCAAGUCCAUGAGCACGGUGCUGCAGAACCCUGACGGGGGCUUCCGCAUGUACAGCAAAGGAGCGUCUGAGAUCGUCCUCAGGAAGUGCACUCGCAUCCUGGACGCCCAGGGUCAGCCCCGCGUCUUCAAGUCCAAGGACCGGGAGGAGAUGGUGAGGAAGGUGAUCGAGCCGAUGGCGUGCGACGGCCUGCGGACCAUCUGCGUGGCCUACAGGGACUUCCCCGCCGAGGCCGGAGAACCCAACUGGGACAACGAGAACGAGAUCCUGAGCGAGCUGACCUGCAUCGCGGUGGUGGGCAUCGAGGACCCCGUCAGACCUGAGGUUCCUGCAGCCAUCUCCAAGUGCCAGCGUGCCGGCAUCACGGUGCGCAUGGUGACCGGAGACAACAUCAACACGGCCCGCGCCAUCGCCACCAAGUGUGGCAUCCUGCUGCCGGGGGAGGAGUUCCUGUGUCUGGAGGGCAAAGAGUUCAACACGCAGAUCCGCAACGACAAGGGAGAGGUGGAACAGGAUCGUCUGGAUAAGGUCUGGCCCAAACUCCGGGUUCUGGCCCGUUCGUCCCCCACAGACAAACACACCCUGGUGAAAGGCAUCAUCGACAGCACGGUGGGAGAGACCCGGCAGGUGGUGGCGGUGACGGGAGACGGCACCAACGACGGCCCCGCCCUCAAGAAAGCCGACGUGGGCUUCGCCAUGGGAAUCGCCGGUACGGACGUGGCCAAGGAGGCGUCUGACAUCAUCCUGACUGACGAUAACUUCACCAGCAUCGUUAAGGCCGUCAUGUGGGGCAGGAACGUCUACGACAGCAUCUCCAAGUUCCUGCAGUUCCAGCUGACCGUCAACGUGGUGGCCGUCAUCGUGGCCUUCACCGGCGCCUGCAUCACCCAGGACUCGCCGCUGAAGGCGGUGCAGAUGCUGUGGGUGAACCUCAUCAUGGACACGCUGGCCUCUCUGGCUCUGGCCACCGAGCCGCCCACCGAGUCGCUGCUGCUGCGCCGGCCGUACGGCCGCGACAAGCCGCUCAUCUCCCGCACCAUGAUGAAGAACAUCCUGGGCCACGCCGUCUUCCAGCUCAUCAUCAUCUUCACGCUGCUGUUUGCAGGAGAGAAGUUCUUCGACAUCGACAACGGCCGCAACGCUCCCCUGCACUCGCCGCCGUCGGAGCAUUACACCAUCGUGUUCAACGUGUUCGUCAUGAUGCAGCUCUUCAACGAGAUCAACGCCAGGAAGAUCCACGGCGAGAGGAACGUCUUCGAGGGCGUCUACAGGAACCCCAUCUUCUGCAGCGUGGUCCUGGGCACCUUCGCCCUGCAGAUCAUCAUCGUGCAGUUCGGAGGGAAGCCGUUCUCCUGCGCGCCGCUCACCAUCGACCAAUGGCUGUGGUGCGUCUUCAUCGGCAUCGGCGAGCUGCUGUGGGGACAGGUGAUCUCCGCCGUGCCGACCCAUCACCUGAAGUUCCUGAAGGAGGCGGGUCACGGCAUCACCAAGGAGGAGAUCCACAAGGAGGACAUGACGGAGGACACGGACGAGAUCGACCACGCCGAGAUGGAGAUGAGGAGGGGCCAGAUCCUCUGGUUCCGAGGCCUCAACCGGAUCCAGACUCAGAUUAAGGUGGUGAACGCGUUCCGCAGCUCCGUCUAUGACAUGGAGAGUCCACAUUCCCGUAGCUCCAUCCAUAGCUUCAUGGCCCACCCUGAGUUUGUGCCGCAGUCUGAGGAGGAGGCGGCUCGGAUCAGCAGCAUCACAGAGGAGGGGGGAGAGGACAGCGACGAGAUCGAGGCCCUCCCCUGAUCCAGCAAGUUCUCCAUCGGCGCUCCUCCUCCUCCUCCCCCUCCUCUUCAUCACCUCCAGUCACCCACCAGCUGAUUGUCACCCCGAGGAGGGGACUCACCCCGUCACCCCCAUGCCCACGCCGUCUCCAUCCUGACGUUGCUCCGUCUGCUCCUCCAUCAGCGCCGCCGGGGGGCGGAGCCUCCUCGCCAGGAAGAGUCCGCCGGUUCAAACGCUCCUCCUGUUUUCGCCUCUGCAUGCUGUGGUGCAUUGUGGGAAGACACGCCGGCGCGCUGUCCAGGCAGGACUCGCUGUCCGACCAUCGUUCCACCCGGCCGGGUUCUGCUCCCCUCUGACCCGGUCCGCUCGUGUAAAGCCGAUGCAUGUUUGAUUAAUUGUUGUCGAGUCGCAUGAUGAGUUGAACUGCUUGGGAAACCGUCUCUGUUCAGAGCUCCGCCCACUUCCUGUCUGUCCCACCAAUCACAUGAAGGAACCGUCAGGCCGACCCUGAUGGUCGAAACGGGCCGCUGGCCUCUUCACUACAGCCCAUUAAACACUAACUGCCCCCCCCCCC